GAGGCAGCCGCCCUCCCCCGGUGCCACCCCGCGGAGCGCGGCUACCUCCCGGGGCCGGAGGAGCCCCGCCGCAUCCCCGCGCCCCGCGGAGCAUCAACAUGCUGGGCUGGCGGGUGGCCCUGUGGCUGGCCGGCUGGACGGCGUGCGCCCGGGAGCUGCCCCCCGACUACGACUACCCGUACGGGCUGAGCGAGGAGGACCCCGCCGAGGGGAUCGAUUACAAGGACCCUUGUAAAGCCGCUGUCUUUUGGGGAGAUAUUGCCUUAGAUGAUGAAGACUUAAAAAUCUUUCAAAUUGACAGGACAAUUGACCUUACGCAGCAUUCAAAUGAAAGACUUAGACAUAACACAGGUGGCUUUGGAGAGCGUGGGAUGUCAAAAAAACGAGGUGCCCUUUAUCAGCUUAUAGACAGGAUAAGAAGAUUUGGCUCUGGCUUUGAGCAAAAUAAUACAAGUAAGGCAAGAGCAAAUGUAAAUUUUUCAGGAAAAAAUGAGAAAAAUCGAUAUCCCAGGGCUGCUACAUCACGGACAGAGAGAAUAUGGCCAGGAGGUGUCAUUCCAUAUCUAAUUGGUGGAAAUUUUACUGGCAGCCAGCGAGCAAUGUUCAAACAGGCAAUGCGACACUGGGAAAAACACACGUGUGUUACAUUUAUUGAACGCAGUGAUGAAGAAAGCUACAUUGUAUUUACAUACAGACCUUGCGGGUGCUGUUCCUACGUGGGUCGAAGGGGUAAUGGCCCCCAGGCUAUAUCAAUUGGCAAGAACUGUGAUAAAUUUGGAAUAGUUGUUCAUGAACUGGGUCAUGUGAUAGGCUUCUGGCACGAACAUACACGACCUGACCGAGAUGACCAUGUAACCAUCAUUAGAGAAAACAUUCAGCCAGGUCAGGAAUACAACUUCCUGAAGAUGGAGCCAGGAGAGGUUAACUCCCUUGGGGAACCCUAUGAUUUUGACAGCAUUAUGCACUAUGCAAGGAACACUUUCUCAAGGGGCAUGUUUCUGGAUACUAUUCUUCCUUCCCGUGAUGAUAAUGGUAUACGACCUGCCAUUGGUCAGCGUACUCGUCUAAGUAAAGGAGAUAUUGCACAGGCAAGAAAGCUGUAUAGAUGUCCAGCAUGUGGAGAAACUCUGCAAGAAUCUACAGGCAACUUUUCAUCUCCAGGAUUUCCAAAUGGUUAUCCUUCCUAUACCCACUGUAUAUGGAGAAUCUCUGUAACUCCAGGGGAGAAGAUUGUGUUAAACUUUACUACAAUGGACCUGUACAAGAGCAGUCUCUGCUGGUAUGACUAUAUUGAAGUAAGAGAUGGCUACUGGAGAAAAUCACCUCUGCUCGGUAGGUUCUGUGGUGAUAAACUGCCUGAAGUCCUUGCAUCUACUGACAGCAGGAUGUGGAUAGAAUUUCGUAGCAGCAGUAAUUGGGUAGGAAAAGGUUUUGCAGCAGUUUAUGAAGCAAUUUGUGGAGGUGAGAUCCACAGAAAUGAAGGCCAGAUCCAGUCUCCUAAUUAUCCUGAUGACUACAGACCAAUGAAGGAAUGUGUGUGGAAAAUAACCGUGUCAGAGAACUACAAUGUCGGAUUAACCUUCCAGGCAUUUGAGAUUGAAAGACAUGACAACUGUGCUUAUGACUACUUAGAAGUUCGAGAUGGAACCAGUGAAAAUAGUCCUUUGAUUGGCCAUUUCUGUGGCUAUGAUAAGCCAGAUGAUAUUAGAUCUACCUCCAAUACCCUGUGGAUGAAGUUUGUUUCUGAUGGAACUGUUAACAAAGCAGGGUUUGCUGCUAACUUUUUUAAAGAGGAAGAUGAAUGUGCCAAACCUGACAAUGGAGGCUGUGAACAGCGAUGUGUGAAUACUCUGGGCAGCUAUCAGUGUGCUUGUGAUCCUGGGUAUGAACUUGCACCUGAUAAAAAGAGUUGUGAAGCUGCCUGUGGAGGGCUUUUGACAAAGCUAAAUGGAACUAUAACCACACCAGGGUGGCCCAAAGAAUAUCCUCCAAACAAAAACUGUGUGUGGCAGGUGGUUGCUCCCACUCAAUACAGAAUUUCAAUGAAGUUUGAGUUUUUCGAAUUAGAAGGGAAUGAAGUUUGCAAAUAUGAUUAUGUGGAGAUCCGUAGUGGCCUUUCUUCUGAUUCUAAACUGCAUGGUAAAUUUUGUGGUACAGAAGUGCCUGAAGUGAUCACAUCACAGUACAACAACAUGAGAAUUGAGUUCAGAUCUGACAACACUGUCUCAAAGAAAGGCUUCAAGGCCCAUUUCUUUUCAGACAAGAAAGCUUCCUGCAAAGAGAAAAUUUUUGUUUUUGAAUCAUGCAAGAACUUGAUACAGGUUGUUUCUUCAGGCCGAGUACGUAUUAUUCACAGACUGGUGGCCUCUGAGAGUCUCAGAGACAAGGACGAGUGUUCUAAGGACAAUGGUGGCUGCCAGCAUGAAUGCAUCAACACUGUAGGAAGCUAUGUUUGUCAGUGCCGCAAUGGAUUUGUGCUACAUGAAAAUAAACACGAUUGCAAAGAAGCUGAGUGUGAACAGAAGAUCCAUAGUCCAAAUGGAAUCAUCACAAGUCCUAACUGGCCAGACAAGUAUCCAAGUAGGAAGGAAUGCACAUGGGAAAUCAGUGCUACUCCUGGUUACAGAGUGAAAUUAACCUUUAAUGAGUUUGAGAUAGAGCAGCAUCAGGAAUGUGCUUAUGACCACUUGGAAGUGUUUGAUGGAGAAACUGAAAAGUCACCAAUUCUGGGACGUUUAUGUGGCAAUAAGAUACCAGAUCCUCUCAUUGCUACUGGAAACAAAAUGUUCCUUCGGUUUGUUUCUGAUGCAUCAGUACAGAGAAAAGGCUUCCAAGCCACACACUCUACAGAGUGUGGUGGUCGACUGAAAGCUGAAACCAAGCCUAGAGAUCUGUACUCUCAUGCACAGUUUGGUGAUAAUAAUUAUCCAGUUCAAGUGGAUUGUGAGUGGCUGCUGGUGUCAGAACGUGGCUAUCGAGUAGAGUUAACUUUUCAGACUUUUGAAGUAGAAGAAGAGGCAGACUGUGGUUAUGACUAUGUUGAACUCUUUGAUGGCCAUGAUACAACAGCUAUGAGACUCGGUCGAUUUUGUGGAUCUGGGCCCCCAGAAGAAAUUUAUUCAGCCGGGGAUGCUGUUUUACUCCACUUUCAUACGGAUGAUACAAUCAACAAGAAAGGAUUUCAUAUACGAUACAAAAGUAUAAAAUACCAAGAUAGCAUUCACAUCAAAAAAUAAUGCAGGAUCCUAAUUUCCAGAAAAUAAGACAGGAAGAGAGAACACAUAAUAGAAAAAAGGAAAACGUGUAUGUUUGUUUAGUUUGUUUUUGAUGGAAUUUAUCAGUACAAACAUUUUAUAUUACGUGAGUUCAGUUGAAAGGAAAUCUUAUGAGACCAGAAACAUCUCAGUUCACAAAGAAAUGUUCAGCUAUCCCAGUGGAAUGGACAUGAUGACAAUGUGUGGAAUCCAUCCUUGACUGUCUCUACAAAGCUGAUGAAAGGGCACUGCAUCCUUGCAGGGAGACUAUAAAAGCUUUUGUUCAUAGUUUGACAUUUGUCAUAGAUACCUGUAGAGUCAAUCAGCCAAAUUCAGGGGAAGUGACCCUGCAGACUGCUCUUCAUUCUGACAAUUGUCUGAUGUCUAGAAGACAAAGAAGCUCCUUCAGGUCACAUACUCAAAAUGCUGUCUUUAUAUCUUACACUAAUUGCUGUGGCUUUGUAUCUAAGAUACAGUGCAUGCAAAGACAAAAAAAACGAAGCUAUGAAAUGGGAGGCUCUUCUGAAGUUGGUCUGUAAAUUUUAGGAAUUCAUUUGUCCUAUCAGUCUGUUGAAACUGGAAAACUCGUAUCUCUGAAACAUAAUUGAUCUUUAGAACAUUUUUGUGUUAACACCUUUAAAUGUCUGAAAGUUUGUAUACGUCAUCAUAUUAUACUUGGAAUUUGGAUAGCAUAAAGGGAUGAAAGUAUUGGGUUUAUUAAUUAAGUAUGGUAUAUCUGAUGAUGUGCUCUUAUCUUGCACUGAACCUAAAAAGAGACUGAGUUCAUAUUUUAUCAGCCUGUUAUAUAACAAAAUACUUGUCCAUUGGGAAACAGAAAUAAUUGUGAUUGGAGUCAUCUGAAACUCCACUUACUGAUUUUAUUUUCAGUUGUAAAAUUGAAACUGCUGCUAACCUAUAUUUCUUUGGGCCAGUUUAUGAAGGAGCUAUACCUCUGUUUCAGCUGAUAAGAAAUGAAAGGCUUCCUAAACAGUUGAGAGAAUAGGAGCAUUUGUUUUCUGGGAAUAAGAGUUUCUGUGAUGGCAAAAAACCCCAUAAAAACAAAACAAAAACCCAGGAUGUGUCGUUGAAAGAUAAUUUCUAUGGUGCUAUUCCAUGAACAUUAAAAACAAAAAAACAAAACCAAGAAGUUUAGACCUUUGAGCCAACAACUUAAGGAUCAUGAAUGUCUCACUAUGCCUGGCUGCAUCUGAAGAAUAAAGACUUAUUAAGCGUUAUGAAAAGAUCAUUGCAAUGGCAGCACUAGUCCUGUGGAACAACUACUACUAUUGCCUUAGAAUUCUUGCACAUGAUCAAACAGAUCUUCCUGUAGAUACAUCUUUAAUUUGAUAAAUAAUUUGACAAAUUGAACAUUUUAAUGUAUGCUAAGAAAGAGAACUUCAAGCAAAACCCAUCUGCAGAGUUAGAGCAUCUGCUGUAAAUACAUUGACCUGCUUUGAUGUAGAAAUAUGCUACUUUUAGAAUGAACUAUUUUAUGUGCUUUAAGCCAGACAUGGUUUUAGUCAUGAUGUAUAUGCAUUAUGUAAGUAUGUUUGAAUGAGUGCUCUAGAAGGGUGGAAGUGCUGUAUGGAUGAAAUGUUGAAUUGUUUCUUUAUGUGCCAAGUUCUAUCAGAACCGUGUUCGACUGUAGCAACUUUCCUUUAACAGUCUCAUAUGCAGACAAUGAGGACUUCUAGUCAGCAAGAACCAAGUUAAAAUGAAAUUUUAUUUUGAUAUCCUUUGAUGUAGGUUGCUACUCAAAAUAGCUUAGUAUCUGUUACCUUACUAUGAACAUUCACUGGCACUAAUAAAUCUGGGGGGUUUUUCUUGUUUGUUUUUUGUUUUUAUUUUUUGGGUUUGUUUUUUUUAACUGAAAUAAAACCAAAUAGAUGUG